UGGGCGGGCAACUCGCGCGUGUGCGUCUGGCACAGCAGUAGCUUUGAGCCCGGAGGGCACUCGCAGCAAGACCGGGCAGUUGAUGCGGUUUAAAAAAGGGCCAUUCUACGUGCAGGCCGAGAGCAGAGCCUCUAUUGCCCCGGUGGUCAUCCAAGGAACCUUCGAGUUAUGGCCCCCCAAAUACUUCUUUACGUGUCCUGGGCAGGUUUGUAUGAAGUAUUUGCCUCCCAUCGACCCGGAUUCCCUCCCUGCAAAGGUGGGAAAGAAUAAGGAGGAGCUGAGCCGGUUUGUUCGUCGGCAGAUGUUCGACGCAAUUGAGGACUUGACGGUAGAGGCGAGCUCGGGGGGGAAAGGGAGGAAUCCAUC